GGGGCGGGAGCGGCGCCCCGGAAGUGCUGGUGGGAGGCGGCCUGCGGUUGAGGCGGACGGGCGUCAUGGCGGCGGCGGCGGUGGUAGCCGAAGCGCCAGAGCCGUGGCCGGAGGUGGACCUGGUGGAGCGCGAGCAGCGUCGGGAGCUGCUGCUGACCGGCCCGGCGCUGGAGGAGCGCGUGCGGGCGGCGGGCGGCCGGCUGCCGCCGCGCGUGUUCUCGCUGCCGCUGCUGCACUCCCUCGAGGUGUGCGGCUGCGCGAGCCUGCGCGAGCCGGGCCCGGGGCUGGCGCGCGGCCUCCCGCGCCUGCGCAGCCUCGUGCUGCGGGGCAACGCGCUCGGGCCCGCGCUCAGCCCGGAGCUGGGCCCGCUGCCCCGCGCUGCGCCGCUCGACCUGUCCGGGAACGCGCUGGAGGAGUUGCCUGGCAGCGGCCUCGGCCCUGCUGAGCCGCCAGCGCUGCCGCAGCUGCAGAGCCUCAACCUGAGCGCCAACCGCCUGCGCGCGCUCCCGGCCGAGUUGGCGCGCUGCGCACCGCGCCUGCAGACCCUCAACGUGGCGCGCAACCGCCUGCGCGCGCUCCCGGCCGAACUCUUCGCGCUGCAGCUACUGAGCGAGCUGGCCGCGGCCGACAACGAGCUGCAGGAGCUCAGCCGGCCGUUGGCGGAGCUUCCCGCGCUCAAGACUUUGGAUCUCGCUAAUAACCAGUUAAGUGAAAUUCCGGGGGAACUUGCUGACUGUCCAAAGCUCAAGGAGAUCAAUUUCAAAGGGAACAAAUUGAAAGAUAAACGCCUGGAGAAGAUGGUGAACGGCUGCCAGCCGAAAUCCAUUCUGGAGUAUCUGCGAGUUGGGGGACGGGGCAAAGGGAGAGGCAAGACUGACGGCUCUGAAAAAGAAGAAAGCAGAAAGAAAAAGAGGGAGCGGAAGCAGAAAAAGGAGAGCGCCGAGGGCGAGGAGGAAGAAGUAGAGGAAGUGAGCAAGCUGCUCCUCAGGAUUCUGCACGUCUCUGAAAAUCCCACGUCGGUGACUGUCAAAGUGAACCCCGUGGUGAAGGAUGUCCGUCCUUACAUCGUGUGCGCUGUCGUCAAAGGAAUGGACUUCAGGCCAGGAAACGCUCUGAAGCGAUUCCUCUCGAUGCAGACCAAACUCCAUGAAGACAUCUGUGAAAAAAGAACGGCGGCCACAAUAGCAACUCAUGACCUUAAGCUGAUCAAAGGCCCUCUGGUCUACGGAGCCCAGUCUCCUCAAGAACUAAAGAUUGUCCCCUUAGGACGGAAGGAGAUCAAAGCAAAAGACCUUGUCCGACAAUUACAACAGGAAGCUGAGGAGCAGAGGAAGCAAAAGAAAAGGCAAAAUGUCUCAGGUUUGCACAGAUACCUUCACUUAUUGGAUGGAAAAGAAAACUACCCUUGUCUAGUGGAUGCAGAUAAUGUGGUUAUUUCUUUCCCACCAAUAACAAACAGUGAGAAGACAAAGAUUAAAACAACAACCUCUGAUUUAUUUCUGGAAGUGACAAGUGCUACCAGUCUGCAAAUCUGUAAAGAUAUCAUGGACACCCUCAUUUUGAAAAUGGCGGAGCUCAACAAAUUCACUUUAGAAAAUAAAGAGGAACAGUCGCUCGAUACAGAAGCCGAUGGUGUUUCUGGCCCAUUCAAUUUCAAAUCUAAUCAGAAUGCUGAAAAAGAUGGCAGCUCUCCAUUAAUUGUGGAGCAAGUUCGGGUUGUGGACAUGGAAGGGAACUUAAAGGUUUUGUAUCCUUCUAAAACAGAUCUGGACAUAACUGCUUCUCAUAUAACGAUCAUCCGUUGAUGGAAAUGACCACAGCUUUCAGCAAGCUGUUUGUAAAAUAUUUUGUUGUCAUUUUGGCAUAUUUUACAGGAGUUUGUAUAUGGUAUAAUUAAAUUAUUCACUACAUUUUCCACCCCAGAAUUUUUUAAAAGAAGAUAGGUAAUAUUAGUUCAGUUUCCAAAGCUAUGUGUUCAGUUCCUCCUGUGACAGUGAAGCUGUCUCUUCUUGAUGCCAAAAGUGAAAAAUCACAGAAUCUCAGAGGCUGUCGUCUAGUCUAAUUCUAGAUAUGUAAAAUUCAGUGUUAAUGGUUGUUUUGGUUUUACAUCACCAAAGAGCUGGUUUCAUUCAUCCUUUUCAUGAAAUUUAAAUGGAUUAUGGAAUUAACUGAGCAAAAUCUGUGUCUGGUAUCAUGACUUCACAACCCAAGAGUCACUUUAAAAAGGGGGGAGGCAGUGUUUUGGGAGGGGGGGACUUGAGUUGGACUGGAACAUUAGGUUUAAAAUCGGGAAGUUUUUGAGAAAUAUAAAAUUAUUCUUUUGUUAGAGAUCAUCUUUGUUUAAAAGUCUGACUGACAUAACUGUAGUAGAACUUAAAAAUAUUGAGUUAAACUUUAAUUUCCUACUAUGACAAUGCCUUUGAGUAAGUCAUAAUUUUUGUAAGGAAGGAAUAAGGAAAGCUGAGUUACAUUUUACCUAAUUACUCUAACUAAUAUUUCUGUUAAAAAUGUCAAAUUUUUCCCUGUUAAAUUAUGAAAACUGUAGCCAAACAGUAUAGUUAGCCUCAAAACACUGACAUAUGAAGGUGCUCUUUCUGUGACUACAGAAAUACGCAACCUGAGACCUGUGGGCUGGGAAUUAUCAGAACCCUGGGUCAGUCACCAAAUGAUGUGGGUGGGUGUGGUCCUAAUUUAUUCAGGCAGGUGCCCACUUGUGUUUGACCCAGGCUGAUGUCUCCAUAUUUAAAAGGGGCGUGUGCACGUUGUCUGGUUAGAGGUUUUGUGAGCAGUUCGUGGUUAUGGAUAGUGGCAUGCCCCAAGGAGCCCUGUGGGGCCCAUUGAAAGGAAAGAACCGGAGGAAGAUUUUAAUGUUGAAAAGUGAUCAGAACUGACUCCCCUUAGACUCUGGCACCCUCCUACAUCCCUUUGUCUCUUCACACACUUAGUGGUGCUGCGUUCUCCUUUUCUUUAAAGCCAGAAGUUAGGCAGUUAUUUCCCUUAGGUAGUGAUAGAGAAAACGUUGUCUAAAAAGUAUCACAAAGCCGGGAACCAUCAAUGAAGCCUGCAUGCCAAAAGCUGAACAGCUCUUACAUUUUAGCAGUUCUCCACUUUAGUCAUAGGUAUGUGUAGGUACUUCAUCCAAAAGAGCCGCGAUUCAUUGGUGUGGGUAUGCCCUCCUACCCCCACAACUGAUGCUGGUUGCUUCUCCCAGACAUAAUCCUUGUAAGUUACUGUGGCCAAAAAAGAAAAUGGACUCUCUUAGUGGCCAGCAAUUGUGAUGAUGAGCCUGCUUCUCAUAUAACAGACACACAGUCUGUCAUUGGCCCAGCAUUUGAAGCUUCUCUAGCUUGGGAUCAGGCCUCCCUGCUGAGGCUUGUGCUCAGCUGACACAGGUUUUAGGCCCAGGGUCACAUGCCACCUUCAGAGAGGGAGCUUGGCAGAGCAUAUUUGUCUGUGCAUGCCCCAAAAUCUGUGAGUUUUAGAAUAAUUGGAGAUUUGAUUUACUCCAGAACAGGAUAUGUGAAAGGAAGUCAAGCUUGCUGCCUUAAAAUUAGUGUUGAUUAGCAAACUGGGUGCCUUCAAUAAAAAAAAGAAAUAAGGCAUCAAUGAGGAUCCUUUGUGUUAUUCUCCAUUGAAAUUGGGGGAAGUUAGGAUUAUUUGUGCCAUAGACCAUUAAUGAACCCAGUGUCCAAAAUCCUGGGGUUUGUUGACAAGCCUAGUGACCAGCAGUACAAAUAACCAUUUUCUAACAAGGGACCCAUGUUGCCUGCCCUUGGUAUAAUAUUAACUUAACUAUUGAUGUCAUCUGCAAGUCUCCUGCUCUUGAGCCUCCCUGGUCAUAGAUUAGCUAUUCAUACUGUAAAUAGAAGUGGUUCAUGAUCGCAUUCUGACUCCUGGUCCCAGACUUGGGCUCUAGGUAGAAGGCUGAGAAAAUAAGAUUCAUAAUUGCUGAAUUGUUCCAUGCUAAUCCGGAUUACAGUUUCUCCCUCUGUAUCCUGUUUUUGCUUCAAGCUCUGCUGAUGUAAAUGAUGGUUUACCCCCUGAUAUCACUGUUCAGCUUUCUGUGGGAGACAAAGGCUGCUAAUGAGUACUGUUGACUCUUUAGAAAGUAUUUUUAGAUGCAAGACCCACCAAAAGGAUGGGAGGGAAAAAACCACUUAGGAGCCACCAGAUGCCUUUCUCAGCAUUCUGAGUGUGGGAAUCAACAGCCUAUCAGCUGCUAUGUCAAAGUGAUUGGCCAACAUUGGCCCUGUUUUGAGAGCCUGGACGGGUGGUCUGAGGGAGGGGAAAGGACCCUACUUGGCUUCUCUGUAUCAAAAGGAUUCAAUAAAAAUCCUUAA